AACGCAACAUGCAAAGAAUAGGAAGUGCUUCUCAUUUUAUUUUAUUUUUUAAAGCACGUUAUGUAAGGCAAAAGUCGAUGACCUCGAACUUAACCUUGUCCUGCGGCGGCCUCUCUUCUCCUUCUCCUUCUCCUUCUUGGGCUGGUUGAGUUUUGGGUGACCUGUGAGACUUUAAUGGAUCCGCCCGUGCUCCUCCUCACCACCACCGUCACUGUUCUAUACUUGAUCUUACCAACCGCCUCCCUCGCUCAGAAGUUGCCGCUAUCGAACUUCAAGUUUGGUCCUUUCAAUAGUUCCUACUACGCCACCUUCGCUGUCCUAACGCCUGCUACAAUCAGCAACGAUGCCCUUCAGGUUACUCCCGAUUCCGCCGGCAACUUCACCCUCUCUAACAGGUCCGGCCGUGUAUUCUUCAAUCGCAGUUUCACUCUCUGGGAGGAUCUAAAAGGAGGUGCUGCUAGGGUGGCUUCUUUUAACUCUUCAUUCCUCAUUAAUGUCUUUCGAAUUAGUAACACCUCCGUCCCCGGAGAGGGCUUAGCCUUUUUAAUAGCACCCGACCUCACUCUUCCUCUCAACAGCUCUGGGCAGUUCUUGGGUUUGACAAACUCUACCACCGAUGGCGAUUCCUCCAACGGCAUCGUGGCCAUUGAGCUUGAUACCUUUAAGCAGGAUUUCGAUCCAGACGACAACCACAUGGGUCUUAAUAUCCACAGUGUCCGCUCUAAAAAGACCGUGUCUCUUUCCAACUUUGGCAUUCAGAUCGCUCCUUUGGGAGCCGUAGUUUACAUGGUCUGGGUCCAUUACGACGGAGUCCAAAAGGAACUGCAGGUUUACAUGGCAGAACGAGGGAAGACCAAGCCCACCACGCCAGUUCUGACUGCGGAUCUAGAUCUCAAAGGUCUUGUGAAUCAGAAUUCUUACUUUGGCUUUGCAGCCUCCACAGGAAGCGAUAUCCAGCUCAACUGUGUGCUUGCCUGGAAUUUGACAGUUGAGCAGCUAUCCUCCGCCGUAGUUAAGAAUGGCGACGGUGAUAAUAAUAAUAAGCCAAUAAAGAUCGGCAUAGGGGUCGGGGUGUCUGUAUUGGUCCUAUUACUGAUUGUGGUACCAGCGGUGACCUACUAUCUGAUGAAGAAGAGGGCGGCUUCAGACCCCAACCUACUUGGAGCACUUAAGAGCCUGCCGGGGAUGCCAAGAGAAUUCCGAUUUAAGGAUCUGAAGAAGGCGACCAACAGUUUUGAUGCGAAGAACAAGCUUGGUGAAGGUGGUUUCGGAGUGGUGUAUAAAGGAGUGCUACCCAACGAGAAUGUUCCCGUCGCAGUGAAGAAGUUCUCCAGAGACAACAUCAAGGGUCAAGACGAUUUCUUGGCUGAGCUUACCAUCAUUAACCGUCUCCGCCAUAAACAUCUCGUCCGAUUACUGGGGUGGUGCCACAAGAAUGGGAUGCUGCUUCUGGUGUAUGACUACAUGCCAAAUGGAAGCUUGGAUACACACAUAUUCAAUGGCCCUGAAGAGAAAACCACCCUGGAGUGGAAGCUCAGGUAUAACAUCAUAGCUGGCGUAGCUUCUGCGCUGCACUAUCUCCACAAUGAGUAUGACCAGAGGGUGGUCCACAGAGACCUCAAAGCCAGCAACAUCAUGCUGGAUUCCAACUUUAAUGCUCGUCUAGGAGAUUUUGGGCUGGCCCGUGCCUUGGAGAAUGAGAAAACAUCCUAUGCAGAGCUCGAAGGAGUGCCUGGAACUAUGGGCUAUAUUGCCCCUGAAUGUUUUCAUACUGGCAAAGCCACCCGCGAGUCUGACGUCUAUGGUUUUGGUGCGGUGGUUCUUGAGGUGGUGUGCGGGCAGCGACCUUGGACCAAGAUUGCUGGCUUCCAGUUCUUGGUGGAUUGGGUGUGGUGGCUGCAUCGUGAAGGGCGCAUACUGGAGGCAGUUGAUGAGAGGCUGCGCAAUGAUUACGUUGUUGAGGAAGCUCAAAGGCUGCUGCUGCUUGGGCUGGCUUGCUCCCAUCCUAUAGCUAGCGAGAGGCCUAAAACACAGGACAUAUUUCAAAUGAUUGCAGGAUCAGUCGCAGUGCCCCGCGUCCCACCUUUCAAGCCGGCUUUCGUGUGGCCGUCGGCGGCAGGCCCGGAUAUCACCGGCAACAGCAGCAGGGAUAAUACAGCAGAUACAACUCCCAUUACAUCUGGUUGGUCCCCUCAAUGCGUUACGCCUUCAAGCUAUGCUGGGGAAUACACAGACAGCUUUCUGGUCUAGCAAAGUCCAUUCCUUCCUCCAAUUAUACCUAAUUCUUGUUUAUCUUGUUUCAAUUUGAUUCUUGAGUUUAUUGAUCAUCGCUGGGAGGUGGGGGUGCAUUUGUGGAUUUCCAUCAAAUUGAAUUGUAUAAAUUUUUUUAUUUUCCCUUCUUA